AUGGCGUCGAGCCAGGCCAUCUUGCGAGGCGAUCACGACGACGAUGAGGCCACGAUUUUGUCUCUGUUCGCCGUUCAACAGGCAGCACUGCGGGAUAAGCAGGCACAGAUGCUGCGUAUAAUGCAACAACUGGAGGAACUUGAAGAAGAAAAGGAGCACUCUGAACGAGAGCGCAACUAUCUCGCGGUCAUGGUGGCGCGGCUGAUGUUGCGCGAACGGUGUGUGUGGACGUAUGCACGGCCGGAGUCGUGGUUCGAGACCACGCUACCGCAUCUUCCCGCAAGUGCUUUCAGAGAAAACUUCAGGUUGGAUAUGAGCACAUUUCGAUACAUAGUGAGUGUUUGCGGAAGCAUGGCACGCCUAGACACGAACAUGCGUAAAGCCAUUACUUUGACGAAACGCGUCGCCAUUGGUCUGUACAGUCUGGCCACAUCUGCUGAAGAAAGAACAGUGGCGAACCUUUUUGGAGUCAGCAGGUCGUCGGUGAACAUCAUAUUCCGCGAGUUCUGCAAUGUAGUUGUGCGUCGCCUGGAGCCACGGUUUGUCCGCUUUCCAAGGGCGCAAGAACUGGUCGAGCACCUUCGGCAGUUUGCUGCUGUUGCCGGCUUCCCACAAGGAGUAGGUGCCCUCGACGGCUGUCAUAUUGAAGUUUGCCCGCCCCAGGAUCAUGCAACAGAUUACUAUAACUAUAAGGGAUGGUACAGCACCAUUCUAUUGGCUGUGGUGGACCACCAUUACAAGUUUAUGUACACGAAUGUUGGUUCACCAGGUCGGAUGCAUGAUGCAGCGGUGUUCGAGAGGUCUCAACUGCCAAAGCGUUUGGAAAGCGACCUCUUCAAAAUGGGAGUGAAGCAGAUGCAUGGAGUGGCAGUUGGGCCCGUCCUUCUUGCAGACCAGGCAUUCCCACUGCAACCGCACCUGAUGAAGCCCUAUGCAAGAGCAGGGUCCGACGGAUCGAGCACGAGAGCAUUCAAUUACCGACUGUCCAGUGCCAGACGAGUGGUCGAGAAUGCGUUUGGGCGACUGAAGGCUCGAUUCCGAAUUUUACACAAAGGGCUGGAAUGUGACAUAGGCAAUGUGAAUGCAGUCAUUCGUGCGAGCUGUGUGCUCCACAAUAUUUGUGAAGUAUUCUCAGAUCAGUGUGACGCAAGUUGGUUGGAGAUUGCCCGUAUUGAAGAUGCGAGCCGCAUUCAGCCAGUGUGCAUAAGCACUCAGCAGGAUGCAUUGGGAGUGCAUGUGAGAGAUGCCCUGGCACAACACUUCAUCACCCGUGCACAGAACUGA